GACAGAGGGGUCCGUAAGCAAGCGGGAGGAUGUGAAAGCCCCUACCCCGCCUCCCUCCCGCCUGUGUGGGGUGGUGGCUGCGGCUCCGUCCCUCCCCGUUACCGCCCCCCGUCACUAGGUGAUGCUGCAGUCAAGAUGGCGGCGGGAGCUGAGUGAGGGAAAGCGGAGACAGCCGCUCCGCUCCCGGCGGUCUCCCCGCCUCGGGCAGGGGGAGGCGGAGGGAUGAGGCGCGUCCCCGGUCCCGGCUGGUUGUCGUGAGGGGCGUGGGUCGGCAGACAACCAUGGCGGGGAUUAUCAAGAAGCAGAUCCUGAAGCAUCUCUCCAGCGAUCCCAGCUGGCUCUGGUGGAGAUUGGUUUGCUGUGAAUAUCCUUACUACCAAAAUGAGUACCAGAAGCUUCUCGGAAGCCGUGGCAACUGACCACUUGCUUUCACCGGGAAUAGGGGCCUUUUGUCUGAAUACCUUGUCCUCAGAUUCACCAAAAAUCUGUCACCUGACAAGAUCAACCUGAGCACACUGAAGGGGGAAGGUCAGCUGACCAAUUUAGAGCUGGAUCAAGAGGUACUUCAGAACAUGCUGGAUCUUCCAACAUGGCUUGCUAUAAACAAGGUCUUUUGCAAUAAAGCAUCCAUUAGGAUACCGUGGACAAAAUUGAAAACACAUCCUAUCUCUUUGUCCUUGGAUAAAGUUGUAAUGGAAAUGAGCACAUGUGAAGAGCCACGUGCCCCUAAUGGACCCUCUCCUAUAGCAACUGCAUCUGGACAGAGUGAAUAUGGCUUUGCUGAAAAAGUGGUAGAAGGCAUUUCGGUUUCUGUGAACUCCAUUAUAAUACGGAUUGGUGCAAAAGCCUUUAAUGCUUCAUUUGAACUAUCCCAGCUGAGAAUAUAUAGUGUAAAUGCAAACUGGGAACAUGCUGACCUCAGAUUUACCAGAAUACAAGAAGCUCAACGUGGAGAGGUUUUGACUUUUAAAGAAAUCAACUGGCAGAUGAUCAGAAUAGAGGCAGAUGCAAUCCAGAGUUCUAAGCAUGAAAUCAUGAGUGCUCCAGUUCGACUGAUUACUAACCAAUCAAAAAUUAGGGUCACACUUAAAAGAAGGUUAAAGGAUUGUAAUGUAGUGGCAUCAAAACUGGUUUUGAUUCUGGAUGAUUUGCUGUGGGUUUUGACUGAUUCCCAGUUGAAGGCCAUGGUGCAAUAUGCCAAAUCUCUUAGUGAAGCCAUAGAGAAAUCAACAGAACAGAGAAAAAGCUUGGCUUCUGAAGCAGCACAGAGUUCUGCCCCUGCACCCAGCUCUCAGCAGGUGAAAGUGCCCCAGACAACGGCAGCACCUGAUCAAAAUGAUGCAAUAGUAAAAUUGUUUAAUGAUUUUGAUGUUAAGGAAACUUCUCAUCACUUAGUAAUUUCCCAUUUGGACCUACAUAUAUGUGAUGAUAUCCAUUCUAAAGAAAGAGACUCAAAUAGACGUGUUACAGGAGGAGCCAUGCAGCUUUCCUUCAGCUAUUUAACAGUGGACUAUUAUCCAUUUCACAAAGCAGGAGACAGCUGUGAUCACUGGAUGCAUUAUAGUGAUGCAACUAAAACCAGAAGUGGAUGGGCCAAAGAAUUAUUGAAUGAAUUCAAAAGCAAUGUUGAGUUACUUAAGCAGGCUGUGAAGGACCAGGUUAUAGAUUCUCCUCCCAAAUCACCACCUGCUGUAUCCCCGCAGAACCUACAAACAGGCAAGGAACAGAUACCAAAAGGAACACCUAGGGCUUCCUCUGUAUCUUCUCAACAACCAAAGGGCAAACUGAUGUCUAGUCCUGUUGUGGUUAGACUUGCAGAUUUCAAUAUAUAUCAGGUUUCAACAGCAGACCAGUGUCGUUCUUCCCCUAAAGCUCUCAUCUCUUGCAAUAAAAAGUCACUUUAUCUUCCACCAGAAAUGCCAGCUGUUCAUAUUGAAUUCACUGAAUAUUACUACCCAGAUGGAAAGGACUUUCCUAUUCCAUGUCCAAAUUUAUAUGGCCAGCUGAAUGCUUUACAGUUCACCCUGGAUGAGAGAAGUAUUCUUUGGCUAAAUCAGUUUGUGUUGGAUUUGAAACAGAGUCUUAUUCAGUUCAUGGCCAUGUACAAGUUAAAUGAUAAUUCAAAAUCAGAUGAGCAUGUUGAUGUUAGAAUUGAUGGAUUAAUGUUAAAGUUCAUCAUCCCAUCUGAAAACAAACCUGAAAUUCAUAAAGAUCAACCUCAUGCACUUUCUAUUCAAAGUUCAGAGAUGAUUGCUACGAAUACAAGAUAUUCACCAAACUGCAGACACUCUGAUCUAGAAGCUUUGUUUCAGAACUUCAAAGACUGUGAAUUUUUCAGUAGAACUUUCACCACUUUUCCCAAGUCCCAGAAGAAUUUUAAUCUUUUGCAUCCAAUUUUCCAGAGACAUGCUCAUGAACAAGAUACUAAAAUGCAUGAUGUCUAUAAAGGUUAUAUCAUACCACAGUUGAAUAAAUAUGCAUUAAAGACAUCUGCAUCUACUGAUGUUUGGGCCUUGCAUUUUUCCCAGUUCUGGAUAGAUUAUGAAGGAACAAAAAGUGGGAAAGGCCGACCAAUAAGCUUUGUGGACUCAUUUCCACUUUCACUUUGGAUUUGCCAACCAGUAAGGUUUGCAAAGUCACAAAAAGAGCUUUUAUCCCAUGAUCAGACAGCUGUGAGCAUUCCAAAAAGUGAAUCUAGUGAUCUUGCUAAUAGACUGCAACGUAAAAAACUUCUUAGGGAAUAUUACAGCACUGAGACAGAGCCCUUGACCAAUGGCAUUCAAAUGUUAGACACUUCAGGAGUGCUUUCUGAAAGUUCUUCCACAGAUGCAGAUGUACAUGUCCUAGUCCAUGUUCAGAAACAUGUAAGCUUGCAGAUCAAUCAUUACCAGUACCUUUUUUUGCUGUUUCUCCAUGAAUCUCUUGUAUUGCUCCUGGAAAACUUAAGGAAUGAUGUAGAAGCAGUGACAGGAAAACCUGCAAAGCAAACGGAUGUCUGCAUUGGGAUCCUACUUAAAAGUGCAGAAGUAGCCUUACUACUCCAUCCAGUGACUCAGGGAAACCCUUGUAAGUCUCCAGUUGUAGAAGAAGGAAGUCCCGUGGCAUCAGAACUCUCCCCUUUGGGAAAUGGGGAAGCUCUUACUUCAGAGAAAAAAUUAGUUGGCAGUAAGAUAGUGCAAGCUGGUAUUACUGAUUUGGAUUAUGUAAAUGACUGUAAGCCUCUGAAUGCUGAAGUUAAUAAAGGGAUUUUAAUAGAUCCUCUUUUGUUUAAAUCAGACAGUAAUACGGACUUUCAGAAAGGAACAUCAUUUUCAGAUGAUGCAUCAGAUAAAGGUUUGGGAGACACAAGUGAAGGAGCAAGCAGUGGACUUUUUAGUAGAAGUGAUUCAGAGGAGGUCUGUGGACCUCUGAGUGAGAAAAGUAGUUUGCAUCCUAAAGAGUCAACAUCCAUCUUAAAUAAGAGAGAAGAUUCUACUGAUUUUAUCAUUGAUAAGGAAGACGACAAAAACAUAUUCUCAAAUAAGUUAAAUGAACAGGAAGGCACAACUGAAGGCUGCCCUAACCAAGUCACUGACUUGGACACAGAAACUGCCGUAGAAACUGAAGAAUUUGAAAUCAACAAAGACAGAGUGACUUCAAUUAGAGUGUUUGCAUCCCAGUCUUCAUCAAGUGCAAAGCCUAAGGAACGCUGCCCGUCCAACCUCCCUACAUUCUCUGUUUCUUACAAGAAUAUGAAGAGAAGUCCAUCACAAGUCUCUCUGGAUACCGUCUCUAUUGAUAGUAUGAUGCUGGAGGAUCAUUUGGUAGAGAGUGAUGGAAGUGACAGCCAGAGCUUUCUGGAGAAAGGUAUUACAGCCACAAACUACCAAAGCCCAUCAGAAAAUGCUCCUGAAGGAGGCACAGUGAUUGAAAAUUGUGGUGGCUCAUCUCCAGAUGCCAUGAGUGCUGCUUCAGAGAAUGCCCAUGAGCCUAGUGAAGAAAUGAUGUCUGUUGUGGUUUUCCAAAUAUUUGGUGUUAAUGGGGAAAUUGACAUCAGAGGUGAAGAUACAGAAAUAUGCCUACAGGUCAACCAAGUGAUACCACAUCAGCUGGGAAAUAUCAGUGUUCGGCAUUAUCUUUGCAACAGAACUGUUGGUUCGGACUGUAAAUCUGUGGCUGGACCACUUAAUUCAUCACCUGAGAUUAGUUUGAGAUGGGAAAGUGGGCCUAGUGCUGUGAUACAUUCUCUGCUGGCUGUAAAAAAUGGUUUUCUUCAGUGUCAUGUAGAGAACUUCAGUGCCGAAUUUUUAACAUCUUCCCUUACAAACAUUCAGCAUUUUCUAGAGGAUGAAACUGUCGCCGAAGUGAUGCCUAUGAAGAUAAAAGUUUCUAAUGCAAGGAUUAAUUUAAAGGAUGACAGUCCACGUGAAAAUUUCAAGGCAUCUGAGCUGGUACCCAUAAAACUUCAUAUUGACAUACUCUGGAUAGAAAGAAAUGAUGAUGGCUCUUUUCUCAUUAGAGACAAUCAAAGAGUAAAUGAUGUGUCAAAGAUGAAGAAUUCAAGUAGUUCAUUGCAGCAAGUGGCUGGACCUCCUGAACAUAAAGCACAGGACCAAUCCACGCAGACUACUUGUGAAAUUCCCAGAUCUCCUAAAUCAAAGACGGAUUCAGCUGACUUCCUUAAAAAUGAGCUUAUUGAAGAAAAUGAAUGUCUCAAACAGGAACUAGCCAAAGCCAAAAUGGCUCUUGCUGAGAUCCAAAUGGAAAAAGAUGCUCUGCUUCAUCGUAUAAAGAAGAUGAAUGUUGAUCAUCAGUAGGAGUCUUCUGUUGGUGUGAGGCAUCAUCAACGGAACUGCAGGUGAUGGUGGCAUCUAAAAUACUGUUUGUUAAAUUGGUGGAAGACAUAGUUGGGUUUUUUUGUCACCGACAAAGUUUUCUCAUUACAAACAAAAUGUUUGUGAACUAGUUACUAUUCUGAAAUUAUCGUUAAACAUUGUAACUUUUUUCAGUCCAUUUUAAACUGAAAUAACUUUGGAAAAAUCAGUUUAUACUGUACUUUAAUUUACUGAAGGCAAAAAAAUCAUAUCAUCUACUUUUAAUAUAAUCAAAGGAGAUGUUCUUUUUAAAAUGUUUCCUGAAAAGUGGACAGCCUAGCAAUGAAAGAAUGUCUAGGUGCAUUACAAAGUAAAAUGUACCAUGCCUCAUUAACAACUGUACCUCUGUUUGUUAAGGUUAUGUUGUUUUAUUCUUACCAAAAGGUGUCUGUACAAGAGGUUACAUUUGCACUAUGAUGAUAUGGGCUAGCUCCUCUAGAAUAGUAUAGCUACUGAAAAUUAAAAUACCAGCCCUAACCUGACCCUCAAUUCACUGUAAUUUACCCAGAGAGUCCCGUAUACCCUUUUGUAUGGACUCCUAAAAUACCACAGUAAAUGCUGGAGAAUUUAAGUGAAAGGGCAUACUAUUGGACUUUCUUUCUGCAUGAAGGUUCACUCUAUAGGUACAGCUGAUGUAAUUUAGACAUUCGCACCUGGGUUUUCUCCUGAGGUGAGGAUACAGCCCUGCAAUAGGAUCCAUCCCUUUGUGAAAGAUGAGCUUAGAGCUGUUUUGCAUGCAUGUCUGACUUCCGCACAACUCAUCAGACAUGCCCAAGGAUUUGGUCCAAUGUAUUUAAAUAUGUAAUGUCAAUGCUGGGGGAGGGAAGGGGGAGGGAGGGGGCGGUGGAAAUCCUACAAGGAUUCUGCAGUUGUAUAUUGCUUUUUUUGAUAAAAAAAGCUGUAGAGAAUCAUUUAAUUAACCAAUGAAAUUGUGAGAUUACAUGAAAUGUAAUUACACAGUUUAAAUCAUGGGUGAUUUGUACAAAUUGAACAAUAAUUUUCAGCUAAAACCUGGUACAGAUGAAUAAAUAAAAAAGCACAACGCUGUAAAAUAGAGAAUAUAAAAGUGUGCUUUAAAUAACUUAUGAAACAACAUACAAAACCAUACAUGCCUGUAAGAUUGGUUUUGCUAGAAGUAAAAAAAUGUCUGAAUAAUUUAACUAGUGACCUUGAAUCUGACAACUGAAAAUCUUUCAACUGCUACCACAAUUGUUUCUGCUCCAUGGGAUAUUUGAGGGAAGUUUUGCCUGUAGAUAUGCAGACCAAUCUCAAAAACUAUUUAUUAUCCUGUGGUUUGACUUUGCAUAUUCAGGAUGUCAAACUAGUUUUAAUUAAAUUGGUUUCCAUUAAAACUUUUUGGAGGACACAUCAUUUACACUGCUGAAAAUAGUUAUUGAAAGUAUGUAGAUUUUAAUCAAGAACUCCGUAGAAGAACUGGUUCAGGCACUAUUUUAAAGCCUGCCUUACAAAGCCCUAGUUGAAACUCCCUUUAAUGCCCAUGGAAAUUUUUAUCUUAUUAUUCUGAAUAAGAUGAAAAAAUAUGCACACAAUUGUUUCUAAUAGAAAAACUAAUUUAUAUUUCAAAAGGUAUUCAAGACAACACAGUAUUAAAUAGAGUAGGCCAAUUUCACAGAAAUGUAAUGUUGGAUUCAGGGGAGGAGUUCUCAACUGGUUUACUUCUGAUCGGUACUAUUAUAGUCGGCAAUUCUUACGCAGUUUAUCCCUGCCAAGAUCUAGUUAGAAUUAUUCUGAAGAAAGGAAUGUAUAGAGUGCUUAGUAGCAUGUUGCUGGAUUAAUACAUUGAGAAUUGUCUAAUUUUUAAAAAGAAAUAAACAGCAGUAUCAAA